CUCACUCAUUCUCUCUUUGCAAAUUUCAUUCCAAAUGCCUCUCUCCCACCUUUCCACCACCACCCUUCUCUUCUUUGCCGCCGUUUUCUCCACCUUUAUUCUCCCCACGUCCUUCUCCUUGUCUGAUGACAGCCUCUUCUUCCCCAAAUGUAAUCGCACUUUCUCCUGCGGUUCUAUACGUAACAUCACUUAUCCAUUCACCGGUGGCGAUCGCCCUGAUUACUGUGGCCUCCCUGAAUUUAAACUUCGAUGUGUUGAUGAUAAACACACCGAGUUUACUCACCAGUCACUUAACUAUCGAGUUCUUGAUAUUAAUCAGUCCUCGAGGACAAUGACAAUGGCUAGAAUAGACCUAUGGGAAAAUGUCUGUCCUUCGCAAUUCAUCAACACUAGUUUCAAUUCUACUCAUUUCAGUUAUGACCAUAAUGAAGAGGAAGAACUUUUUUUAAGCUACGGGUGCAAUGUAUCUGCAUUGGUUUUCACGCCUCGUAAUAUGUUCAGAUGUAACAUCGAUGGUUUGAAUUCCACCGGUGCAUUUUACUUUCUUGGUCCAAUUCCAGGGGACCCAUCGCCGAAUGCCAUAACUUGUACGAGUAUGGUUACUGUUCCGGUGUUUAGAGCCGUAGGUAAAAGGCUAUAUAGCAAUGAGAUUACUCUCGGGGAGGCAUUGAUGGAGGGGUUUAGCGUGAAAUAUGAUGCACCUUAUGUUGGACUCUGUUCUGAUUGCACCAGUAUGGGUGGGACUUGCGGAUUUAAUGUGGGAUUGGCUCAGCCAAUUUGUAUUUGUCAAGAAAUGCCUUGUACAUUGGCUUUAGGACAUUCUCAUGAAAGUUCCUCCCAAGGUACUGAGAAUUUUAUCCUUCAAUUUUACUAGUAAUUAGGAAUAUUGAACAUAGAAAUCUAAAGGGCAGCCUGUUGCGGAGGGACCAUAAGGGUCUAUUAUAUGUAGUCUUGCCUUGCAUUUCUGCCGGAGGCUAUUUUCACAGCUUGAAAGCUUGAACCCGUGACCUCCUGGUCACAUGGAAUCAACUUUAGCGGUUACUCCAAGGCUUCCCUUCUUUAACAUAGAAAUCUAUGGUUUGAAAUUUUGGACUGAAUGGAUUUAGGUUAACAGUAACUCAGUAAGAGAAUCUCUACAUGAUUGCAAUGCCAGGUUGAUAUAUAUAUAUGCAGUUUCGAUACCAUGCGUAAUCAUACAAAUGGGGUCUGAGCCCUACUUUGUGAAGAUAGAUAGGUUGUUUCCGAUUAUACUUUCACGCUAUUGCAUUUAUAUUUGGUACGACUGUAUGAGUAGUUGCCCAUUUUCUACUACUAAUAAUAUAGACCCUUUGAUUCAA